UAAAAUGCCUGACAAACCAAACUGAGGAGACGUUUUCCCCCAUAUCUGUCUCGGGUAACUUGUCUGCAGCUAAAUCAGUGCCACACUCCACAAGAUGAUAAUUAGCCUCAUAAAUGUCACAAAAACUGUCUUUCUUUGGAUGAACUCCGCCGUCUACCAACUUCAAAAGCGCUGCAUCCAAAGGCCUCCUGUUCCCCGACACUGAAGGGAGGUACAUGGUUCUGUAGCAGUACAUCUGAACCUCCACCAGCUUCAACACAUGUACUGCCAAGUCUAAACUUCAUCCAGCAUGACUUUAAGAGUGUCCCUAACUGCAGAGGAAGAGAAACUAGAAACGAUGCAAAAGGUUCCUGUGCCUGGUUGAUUCUGGUACUGAGCUCAGAGCCAAAGGCGACAGCAGUUUGGUAAAAAGUGAAUGGAAGCGAGAAGAAAGACCACAGCAGGGGUUCUGUUCUGGACCCCUGCCCCAGUCCGGCCCUCACUAAACAGCUCCGACGAUGCCUGGGAAGAUGAGGACGAAGGCCAGCCGGCAAGGGAGGAUGACUUUGAGAGCCAGAUGGAUGAGAAUGGCAUCAUUGGACUGUCAGAGGUUUUAGAGGAUGUGGGGUUGGGGGAAGAUUGUGGUGCUAUAGAUCCAGAUGGGGAUUCUGGACCCAGCAUUAAAGAGGAGGUGGACUUGAGUGGAAAUGAGAGGACUAAACCACCUGAGGAGCUGAACUACAACCUGAGUGAACGUUUGUCCAACACUGAAUCAGCAGGAGAGGAAACACUGCCAUCCUGUUUUGACAUGAUAGAUAAGUUCAAGGCCAGGACAGAGGACAAGAAGAGGCACAAACACCUGGAUAUAACAGAGGAGGAAGAGGGGAAGAGGAAUGGCAGAAAAGCUAAUAAACAUGAGAGCACACCAGGGAAGCAUGGAGCUACAAAUGGUUUGAAAAAAGAGAUCAGCUCGACAUCUUCUAGUCUAGAACCUGCUGGACUCUCAAACCAUCACUGCCCAGUUUCAGUUACUUCCCACAGUUUGCUCCAUCUUCUGCAUUUCACCCAUGAGGAAUUAGCUGCUGUACCAGGAAUCGAAGCCGAAACGUUUCCAGAAAUGGGCUUCACAGAAAGUCUUUCAGAAUCUCACUGCAGCCAUACAAGUCUCAAGUUGAGUCCUCGCCGUCCUCAGGUAAACCUCGAAGCUUUUCCUCAGCCGGAAGCAAGAGUUUCAGAGGAAGUUGUGUCAAAUCAUUACAGAAGAGCGAGUAAAACCCCUGGAGAAGUUUCAGAAAAAUCAGAUCACAAGCAGCCAAGGAGGACAGUGAAUCGUUCUCCCAAUGCUAGAUAUUCAAGGGCUUGUUCUGUCAGUACGGUCAGUGAUGAUACCGUUAAAUCCAAACGAAGCAGCACAAGUUCUGACAGAAAGCCGAGGUCACCCAAAGGCAGGAGUAAAGCUGCUGCAGAAAAUGAAUCCAGAAAAGCACCUGUGAGCCACCAGACACCUGACUUCUCCAAAGUGGAACCCAAAAUUCGCUUCUCCAACGGUUCCUACAAACCCCCCAAGAGCCGACUCUCGGCCACGUCGGAUUCUCUGUCUCCGGACCCCCCUUUAAUGUUUAAAUCCCCAGCGGACAUCGUGAAGGAAGUCCUGCUGAACACCGAUGGAUCUCUUGCUUCAUCAGACAGUGACAGAUCUCCUGCCGGUGCCACCAACUCCACUGUGCCUCUGGAGUUUAGGUCCAAGCAAAACGCCACCACGCUGAUGAAACAGCUUGAGUCCCUCUCUCUGCAGGAAGCCCACAGCAUUCUGCUGACGAGGCUCGCUGAGGCGGAGAACACCAUUGAUCGUCUGCGUCUGGAAGCCAAGGUCAACCUGUACUCAGACCCUCCAAAGCCGGGUCAUUUGAUUCAGGCCAGACUGAACCACAACGCCUCAAAGUUCGUAAAGCUGGAUUUUCCUCAGGCUCAGAAAGCAGACAUCAAGUCGCCUUCUCUUCAUCCAGAUGAACACAGCUCUCAUCAAGGAAGUUCAGCUGCCUGUGCAUCUCCCAGAAGGCCAGUUCCUGACCUUGGACAGCAGCUCGCCUCUGUUAUCUUCAGUCAGACUGACAAGUUCCUCCAACAGCUGCAGACCUUUGAGCAUCUCUUGAAGAGCGAGAAACUCAAACCUGUUGAGCAAAUGAAGGGUCUCACUCAGCUCUCUGAGGGCCUCGACUCUUUAGAAAAAGGCUACCUGUUAGCAAGAGAUGAACACAAAGUCCUGCAGCAGCGAGGAAUAAAAAUCAGCAACUUUGACCCUGAACGGGAGCUGGAGGGGCUGAUCUUUCAGUGUGGGCUUCGGAUGGAUGAGCUGAAGGAGCAGGGGGAGCAGAUGAGGCAAGAACAUCUGACCUGUGAGGCUCCACCCACUCAUGAACCCGCCUCCUUAUUUACUCUUUCUAUGGCAGAAGAGUCCUUGAUUCAUCCACAGAUCCCUCCUGAGCCUUUGCUGGUUGAUCCAGGUGAAGCAGCACAAGCAGAAGUGAGUUCAGUCAUGAGCGAGAGCGAACUGGAAGAUGAAGAAACUCUGAAUUCUCUCCGCCUCAACCCUCCAGAUGUCGAACUCAGAUAUGUCGAGCAAGACUUCUCCAUACCAGAUCACUACCAAAGCUUCAAGGAGCUUCCUAAACUUCUAGACCACAGUUUGGGGGAAAGACUUCCUCCGUCUGCUGCUUUAGAAACUGAAUUACAGGCUGAGGACAAGAAGGACGAGACACUGGAUCAAGAAAUUAAAAAAGUCUGGAAAACUCUCCCACUGAGUGAAACCACUUCAGACCCUCCCGACUCUCCAGCUGACACCAGUAAACAGUGGAGCAGCAGGUCCAGUCCUCCUUCACACGGCGCCUCCAGUCAGUCCACCCCAGUUCCUCCCAGUAGCAGAAGUAGGUUGGAUCUGAAAAAGUCCCACAGCAGCAGUCUGAGCAGCCUCGGAGAUAUUCCUGCAGACAGGAUGAGCUCUAAGGGUCAAACUGGGAGCAGGAGAGCACAUUCUCAGGAUGGGAUCAUCUCUCCAGAGAUGGACAGUGGUUUUGUUGGUUCAGAGAGCAGUCAUUUGACUCCUGCUGCAGCUUCCAGUCCUGUCCAGCAGAGGGCAUCAGAGAGCAGCGCUUCAGUGCCUCAGGAGGGAAACUCUGAAAGGCCUCGAGCAGGCCUGGUCUCUACUCCAUCUUCAUCAUCAUUACAUCGUCUAACAGCUACAGAACCCAGAUUGGACUCCCAGUUUAAACAAUAUCAGCCAAGCAGAACCAGACCAGGACAGAAGAGACAAACCUUCUCCUGCUCUCCACAACACUGGGUCAGUUGGAGAGAACAAACACCGGAGGACAAUGACAGCACUCCCACUGGCUCUGAGGACUCUGACCGCUGCUGCAGAACCAUCGACUCCCUCCACAGCUCCCCCUCCAGCUCCUCCCGGCCUGCUCGGUAUCACCAUGGCAAUUCUCAGGCCGCGAACUGCGAUAAUGCCAUUCAGACCCUACAGGCUGAAGUAACCAGACUGAAGGAGAGACUAGAAAGCUGUCUGAAGAAUAAGAAACCUCUCAGCUCUGUGAAAGCAGCUCCUUCAACUCUCAACUCCUCCUCACCAUGCAUCAGGUCUGUGGAGCAACGAAGGGAAGCCAGUGGUGAAAGAAGAGAAACUCAGUCACUUAAUGAGGUAGAAGAGGAACGUGUGCUGAGACGAACAACCAGAUCUGCUUCUGCACAAACACAAAAACCACAACAAGACCUCUUGAGAAAAUCUGAGCCGGACUCAUCUCCUCAUCCUCAGGUGUCCAGAUGUACUCAAACAUCUGUAGCACCAGACAGCAGCUGGCAACAGGUGACUUCAGUCCGCAGCAGGAGAACACAAACCACAGCAGAUGAACCCGACAGCAGCAGAAGUCGAGCCUUUCUUUGUCCUCGGUGUUUGUCGGGUCCCAGAGGACGAACUGAACGUCCAGCUGGUGGCGUCAGAGAGUCGACUCUUCCCUCCAGCCGCUGCCCUGGGUGUCCUCUUUGUGGAUGCCUCGAACCCAACAGAUGCACUGAGCCAGACUGCCGCCGACACUCUGAGUCUCCCAACAAAACGACGAGCAGGAGAUACUGUGCAGCUGAAGCUUCACCCGGGCUGCUGGAGUACAGGCCGGUCGGUCCAACGCCACUCCUGUUAUUCCCAUCGCCGCUCUACGUCUCUCCAACCACCAGAUCUUCCUCGCCCGAAAGAGGCAGGAGAAGACGCUCACUGUCGGUUGAUAAGCUGCUUUCUGUGGACGGUUCCCUGAACAGAGCCAUCAGAGCAGCUCAAAACAUGAAACACACCUCCAGAAACAUGGCUCAAUCUCUGGCUACUGGCUUGCAGUACCAGGAGAUGCUAACGCAGUCCUGCAGCUAAACUUUACAACUGGAAACCAUCAGUUCAGCUGCAGAAUGAAGCUUUUACCAGGAGCCUGAAGAACUGAAUGAAGGACCAAAGUGAAUAAAAUACUAAAAAUAUUCCUCUUUGUAUAGUUUUUUUGGUUCCUGUAUUUGAGGAAGACUAUUCCUGAGGGAUUUUUAAAAUGUUUUUAAAGUAGAAUUUAUUGUGUAUCUCAGGUGGCCAAACAUUUGUAAUUGGAUGAGUAGAAUUUUUCCAAAAAGAUGUCCAGUUACAACAACUUAAACAAUGAUGUACUGUAGAUCAUUUUGCUUUUUGAGCCUCCAAGAUGCUGGAAUAGAAAUCGCCUAAUGUGACAGUGUAACAGUUUUGAUGUUCUCAUGACUUGGUGCUCUAUUUUGAGCUAUUUAUUGAUAAUAUGACUUCUAUUUGUAGUAAAUAACUUCAGGGCUUCAGUGUUAUUUUAGUUGCUAUAGAAACUUGUGCUGUUUUAUGCUGUAAAUGAAAUGCAUUCCUUUCUGAAACCUGUUGAUGAACUCGGCUUUAGAUGCUUGAAACUUGAGAUGCUGGACAUCCUCAGAAUUAUGUUGCUGUUCAAGUAAUUUGUUGUUGAACUUUUGUACAGAAUUUUAAGAGCUUGCAAGUUUGUUUGUUUUUCCAAGCACAAGUUGAUUGGACCUGACUAUCUUUACAUGGUUCAUAUAAACGUCCUGGUUUAGUAUGUUGUCCAAAAUAUAUCAAAAACUGUCAUAGUUUA